AUGGCUUGCUCACCGGCUAUUGGCAUACCAGCCCUUAUUCGCAAGUCCUGGCGCAUCACCACUUCCGACGCCGUAAAGCAGUCCUACAAGAAGGCCAGCUGA